GUGCUAUAUCUGGCCCAGCGGCCCAGCAGGCCGCUCAUAUAUCAGUGCAGCAGAGGAAGCAACUGCACGCUGCCUGUGCCUCACUCAUUCACAUACCCUACUCCGAAUGACAGACACUGGGAGAACUGUUCAGGGGGCCGAGGGCAAACCCUUGGCCUUCCGAUCACAGAAGGAGAUGUUUGAAAAGAUGGAGGAAUCUUUUAAAACUUGCGCUCACUGCGAAAAGUGUCCAGGUCAGCUUUCAAACCCACAGAGCUUGAAGCGUUGUGCCAGAUGUCUAAAUGCUUACUACUGCUGUAAAGAGUGUCAAAAGGAGGACUGGCCCAAACACAAGAAGUUCUGCUCCCAGUUGCGCAUCGCUGCCAUUGACAGAGUUGUCGAAUGGCUUUUGAUCAAAGGUGACCUCCCAUUCCCCACAGAAAAAUGGUCAAAGCCCCAGUCAGAGAUUAAAGGUUGGGAUGAUUGGCUUACGAUGCAGGGAGAUCUCACAUCGCGCCUCGAUCCCAUUCUAAAUGGUGCAAACAUGAAAGACGUGUGGACCAGCGCAGGCAGGCCUCGGCCCAGCGAUGACGAUCUGAGGCAGUCUCUGUGGAGGGUCUGCAGCGAGUUCUUCUCCAAACCACUGACUAUAGCCUGGGGGAUAAGGCUGUUUGGUCUAAACCCUUAUUCCAAACCGUUUACCGUUCAUCUCGUGGGAGUAGGUCACAGUGAGACGUUGGCAGCAAGACUGACUGACUACGAUGAGCUGAACAAAAUGUUCCCCGGGCACGAGGGAAUGGAGGUGGUGAUGGUAGGACCAGAGCUGGUGGAUGGUCCCAUCGUGAGGCCUCCUCUUCGAGCAUUUGGACCCAGGCAGAGGGUUUACAUCAGUGCCUACAAGGGCCUCUACCAUCAGUUCUGGGAGGAAGUGGUGGAGAAAGAAGAAGCAGCCAAGCCAGACCUGGUGGUUGGGUUUCAUCCUGGUUUUGAUGCCAGCCAAGGCCUGGAGGAUGGUUGGCUUCCUACACUUCUGCUCCUCAGGGAUUGUGAGAUUCCCUCUCUCUUCACUGCUCUGAAUGAGACUGAGAUGACCUACUCCCUGCAAAUCUUGUUGGAGCUGGAGAUGGACAUGAGGGGAAGUGGAGAAAACCCCUUCAGAUCACUGAAACCAGAGGUGGUCGGCCCGAAUCCCAACAAGCCUCCCGUCUACUGCAACUCGCACUACUUCUGUUUCCAGGGUCUGCUGGACACUGUGGAGCUGGAGGAGCCGCAGGAUGUCUGAAGGAUCGAUGAGUGUCUUCUGUGCACACACACAUACACACUGUUGCCUUUAACAACUGGAACUCAGUUAUAUUUUUGUAUUGGUGUAAUUAAAUAGGCCUCAGUGUUUGAAAAUAGUUUAAAUUGUGUACUUCUAAUCAUUGAUGAGUCACCUCUUUACACAGCUGCAGCCAGCAGGCACGUAUGACUUUUAAAUGUAUUAUCUCAGUUUUAUGGCAUUCAAAUGAGAGCUGUGGAAUUUGAAUAUACUUCUCUGGGCUAUUGUCAUGUCAGAAGGUCAUUUAAACUCUAGUCAAAUGUCAACUGUUGUUUUUAGUGACAGUAAAGCAUUUUAAUUGUUUCUUAAAUAAAAUAGAAGCAACAUUGAUGCUGUCUGCAAGAGAGGACAGCGCAGGCCGCUGAGGUCCGUCAGUGUUUGCAGGAAGAUUAUCUCUUAAAGUCAGUUGCGGGGGGGGGUGGGUCUCGUCAGCAGUCAUCUGUUGCAGCAGCGGCAGAAGCAGACUUAAACAAACAAAAGACUGAUAAAGAAGACUGGCUCUGUUCUGGGGACUGUUCUGGAGCCUCUGGGGACGACUGUGCAGAGAAGGGUGCUUCAUAAAAUGAAAAUUAUAAUGGACAACACUGAGCCUCCUCUUCACAACACAGUAUUUCAGCAACAGAGCAUCUUGGGUCAGAGUCUUCUUCAGAUCCGCUGCAGCACAGAUCCUCUUCGGAGAUCCUUGUAGCAUCCUCUAAUGUAAUAAUUUCCUGAAAAUGUAAUAACGCCCUAAAAUGUAAUAAAAUUUGCACUUAACUCAAUCGAAAAUGUAAUAAAACCCAAUAAUGUAAUAAUUUCACCAAUAAUGUAAUAAAAUAUCCUGACGGAUAUUGUAAUAACAUUUUUACCAUUAAUGUAAUACCUUAUUACGUUAUUGGGAGUGUAUUACAUGGUACUCAAAGUCUGCAAUUUAAGCCAAUAGUCAUUCUGGUGUUUCAAAUCCAGCGUAUAUAACAUUCUUAGAUACUUAAAACACAAAAUGUAGAACUCUGGACUGAAAAUGAACAUAUAUACUACAUUAUUUGUCAAGUAUUACAUUAUCAGUUUUGGAAAAGAAAAAAAAAGACCCACCUGAAAAUGUAAUAAAUUCCCAAAAUUUUUUAUUACAAUAUCAGUCAGGAUAUUUUAUUACAUUAUUGGUCAAGUUAUUACAUUAUUGGGUUUUAUUACAUAUUUGAUUGAGUUAAGUGCAAAAGUGAUUACAUUUUAAGGCGUUAUUACAUUUUCAGGAAAUGAUUACAUUAUAGGGUGUUACAAUCCUUCCUGCCCACGGCUGUAAUGAAGCUUCCAAGAACCUUAAAAAAUGAAAGUUACCGCAUCAUAAGAUUUUCCUUUAGGAUACAUAAAGUAGAACUGAAUUGAAAUGAAUUCACUUGGCUGGUACACUAACUUACUGUAGUUAAACACAGCUUUGUAAAUGUUUAUGACUAAUAACACAAUAAAAAUGAACCAUAUGACAAAAUAAAUGUUUUUC